AUGUCCUCUUUUUUUACGCUCCCUGCUUCCCAGCGAAAGCGCAAAAGGGAAGAUCGAGUAGGAGCUCCGGUAGCUAAGAAACGAGGCGUUACGAGCAAAGGCGCACCUCAGACUGGUGAUAAAUCCCGGCGGCAAAGAGACAGAGAUGAAUCGAUAUCGGGGAGUGAAUCUGAAGGAGAUGAGGGGUCUGAGGCUGUAGCUGGCUCGGACGACGAAUCACUCUCAGGAUCAGACGAAGACGAAACCGCGGCAGAGCGAAGAUUGAUAUUGGCAGAACAAUAUUUGCAUCAUGUCAGGGAGGAGGUUGACGAGGUUGGAUUUGACGCUGCAGAUAUUGAUCGUGACUUGAUCGCGGAGAGAUUGAAGGAGGACGUGGAUGAAUCGAAAGGACGGGCAUACAGGCUUGUGGCCUCGACACUCUCACUCUCAACUGCUUCUCAUUCAUAUUUCCGCGCGGACACAAAUACUACCACCGCCGUCGCCUUACACUACCCGUUUAUCUAUACCGUGUCAAAGGAUAGGACGCUGAUAAAAUGGGAGCUAUCUACUCCUCUUCCAACUACUUCCUCCUUACAGAAUGGGGAAGACUCUCGACCUAAUCGACCACUGCGGAAAAAGCCAAAAAAGAUUAGAUGGGCGCGCGGGCUACGGCCAACAAGAGAUGGUGGGGAGAAACAAGGACAUGUCAGUGAAAUACUGGCUGUUGCAGUCUCGCCAUCCGGCCAAUUCAUUGCGACUGGAGGUGCUGACAACCGAUUAAUCAUCUGGGAUGCUCAAUCUCUUACCCCCUUGAAAACAUUUACACACCAUCGCGAUUCUGUCAGCGGUUUAGCCUUUACUCAGCGUAUAUCCUCAUCGAGCUCUGGUGAACAGCUGUUUUCUGCCUCAUUUGACCGAACCAUCAAAACCUGGUCCCUUAGCCCCGAUGCACACGCCUAUGUUGAAACGCUAUUUGGUCACCAAGAUCAUGUUUUAGGAGUCGCUUCUAUGAUAACUGACCAAUGUGUCAGCGUUGGCUCGAGAGACCGCACAGCAAGGCUAUGGAAGGUCAUCGAUGAAACACAGCUGGUAUUCCGCGCUGGAGGCAUGUCUAAAACCUGCCAAUAUUCCCCAAACUCGACAGACUGUGUGGCCGCCAUGCCACCGACACAUUUUGUCACUGGCUCAGAUUCUGGCGCAAUAUCACUAUGGUCCAUUCACAAAAAGAAACCUCUCCAUACGAUUUACGAAGCACACGGCCUAGAUCCUCUCCCUCCCCCUGAAAAGCUCUCAUCUGAAGCCGACGUUAACUCGCAAGCGGCAAAAACCGCAAACGUUCGCCAAACCCCUCGCUGGAUAACAGCGUUAGCCACAGUACCAGGUACAGACAUCGUGCUAAGCGGUAGCUGGGACGGGUGGAUUCGCGCAUGGGAGGUCUCUGAAGACAAGCGCCGGCUUCGCCCACUUGGUUGCAUUGGUGGAAAGGAAGUACCAAAGGACUUGACCCUCUCUAACGGCACAUCCCACCCCCCUUCAGAUGCAAUGUACGCGGAUACCGACGAAGACAACCGAUCUCAUACCUCACCUCCACUCAGGGGUAUUGUGAAUGGAAUAUCUGUUUAUGAACGACGGGGUAUUGAGUCUACGAAACCUGGCCAUCCUUCUCUUUCUACAAUGAAUAAUAAAAAAUCAUCCAACGCGAAAUCUCACGGAACGGAUGUCAAGGGUCUUUGUAUAGUAGCUGCAUUGGGCAAGGAACAUCGUCUUGGGCGCUGGAAAGUAUUUGAUUCUAAUGAUUCGAAGAAUGUUGGAUGUGAUGAGGUGGGAGGUAGAAACGGCGCUGUUGUAUUUGAAGUGCCUUUUUCAAACUGA